AUGCUCCAGUGGAACGGCAACUACCACCUUACCUUCACCAGUGGAGGUGACGUCCAGAUUUAUCACUGCGCCAGCCUCACCGAUUGCCAUUCACCUGCGCUUAAAUCCGUCUUCACUCCCAGUGACCAUACUUACAAGACCUGUGGGCACCCGAGGUGCACGCCGUCAACAACAACUGGUACAUCUUCUUCGCCGCGCAGGACUCCAAGGAUAAUUCGGACAAUCAGAAUCUUCACAUCCAAAGUCAGCGGGAUAAGUGCAUGGGCAAUUGGUGGGACGGUGUUCACCUUGAACAACCAGCUCUACAUGGUCUACUCGGGUUGGCCAGAAGGUGACACGAGCACUCUGAACCAGCACCUGUUCAUUACGCAGUUGAGCAAUGACGCCAGCGGCAAUCCAACCGUCGGUGACCACUAUGUAGAUGGUAACGCCCAGUAUGAUUGGGAAACCUUCGCAGACUUGGGAGGAGCUAGGCACGCUAUCAAUGAAGGACCGGCAUGGCUCCAGAGGAACAACUUCCAAGGCAUCCUCUUCUCGGGUUGCGCUAGUUGGGCUUCUUGCCACUCGAUCGGCGUGCUGCAGUUUACGGGGUCGGACCCCAUGGCGACGAGUUCAUGGACGAAAUGGGCAGAUCGGUUUUGGCAGAGCAAUCCCAAUGGCCCGUGCGUUGUUCAAUGA